AUGAAUUUGCGAGAGAACCUAUUUGGCCAAGGCUCGCGAUCAGGCCGAGCUCAAGCACCACCACAGUCGGGAUACGGGCGGCCCUCCCAACUUCCCGGGCGAGACGAUACAUCUAUGCCGGGCGGAUACGAUGACAGAGGCGGGUACGGGGAUCCCAGAGGGUAUGCGUCGCCUCCGAGACAACCGCAGCAGAUGCCUUCAAGGGCAGCGGCUGGAAUGGCUUCGCCGGGCCGGCAAGCACAGCUCAGGAUUGCGAAGGUGGAGGAUAAGACAGCUGCUAAUCAGUACAUUUUUGGGAAUUUGUGUGCUGUGUCGCCUCGAGACUUCCCUCCUUCGAGAGAUGGCACGGAUCUCUACAUACUCCUCAAUGGGAGGUAUGUAGUCACGGCUCGACCUUUAGAAUCGUUUCCACCGGGCUGUAUAAGCUUGUCAGACCCUCAGAGAACCUGGUGUGAUGUUGGAAUGAUGGAUCCCAUCAUGGCCGAGUCCUACGACCCAUUCGCCGUCCAAGGCCCAGCCUCAUACUUAGGAACCUUAGACGUCGAAGUAGGCUUCGCUUCAGUAAAGAAGAUUACCGAUGUGCCUUUCGAUCAAGACAUCCUGGCCGAUGUCUUCAUCAAGAAUUUCGAGAACCAGAUUUUUGCGCCAGGUCAAAAGCUCUUGAUGGAUUAUAAGAACAUCCCAAUGAUGUUUACGGUCAAGACGGUCCAGCUCGUGGACAUGAGUAUGGAAAAGUCAUCCUCGGCGGCGCCGACGGUUUCGAGUCCCCAGGCGAGAGGUAUCUUGACGAGACAUACCCCGAUUACAUUCUACAAGGAUGCCAAGUCACCCAUCAAGCUUAAGGGAUCUGCGAAGCGGCCGGCCGCCAACUCGAUCAUUGCGCCAGACUUCAAGUUCGAGGACAUGGGUAUUGGUGGCUUGGACAAGGAGUUCAGUUCCAUCUUCCGAAGAGCUUUCGCUUCUCGUAUUUUCCCUCCUGGGCUGAUUGAGAAAUUGGGUAUCCAGCACGUGAAGGGUAUCUUACUGUUUGGGCCGCCUGGCACAGGCAAGACGCUUAUCGCUCGUCAAAUUGGAAAAAUGCUGAAUUCGAGAGAGCCGAAGGUCAUCAACGGACCCGAGGUCUUGAACAAGUACGUUGGACAGUCUGAGGAGAACAUCCGGAAACUUUUCGCCGAUGCCGAGAAGGAGUACAAGGAGAAGGGAGACGAAAGUGGUCUCCACAUCAUCAUUUUCGAUGAGUUGGAUGCUGUGUGCAAGCAGAGAGGUUCCGGAGCUGGAGGUGGAACUGGUGUUGGUGACAGUGUUGUCAACCAGUUGCUCUCCAAGCUCGAUGGAGUCGACCAGCUCAACAACAUCCUGCUUAUUGGGAUGACCAAUCGCAUGGACAUGAUUGACGAUGCGCUUCUUCGUCCUGGGCGUUUGGAGGUCCACAUGGAGAUCUCCCUACCAGAUGAGGAUGGCCGGGCGCAGAUUUUGAAGAUUCAUACCUCGAAGAUGUUGGAUAACAACGUCAUGGAUCCGGAUGUCAACGUAGCCGAGCUUGCUCAUCUUACCAAGAACUUUUCUGGUGCUGAGCUUGGAGGCUUGGUCAAGUCCGCCUCGUCAUUUGCUUUCAACCGACACGUUAAGGUUGGUACGGUUGCUGGUGUCAGCGAUGACAUUGAAAACAUGAAAGUCAACAGAGGCGACUUUUUGCAUGCUCUUGAGGAGGUCAAGGCUGCAUUUGGUGUCUCCGAAGAGGAGCUCGAGACUGCUAUGGCUGCGGGGAUUUUGCAUUACAGCCCAUACAUCGCGAAUAUCCUCAAGGACGGUCGACUUUUCGUCGACCUCGUCAAGAACUCCGCAACCACAUCACUCCUUUCCGUCCUCAUGCAUGGCCCACCAGGAUCGGGGAAAACAGCUCUCUCGGCUAGGAUUGCUAAGGAGUCAAACUUCCCCUUUAUCAAGCUCGUCUCCGCCGAGAACAUGGUUGGCUUUAGCGAGAUGGCCAAGAUCCAAUACCUGAACAAGGUAUUCACUGAUGCGUACAAGUCGCCUCAGAACAUCGUUGUAGUAGACAACAUUGAACGCAUUAUUGAGUGGGUCCCUAUCGGACCACGCUUCUCUAACCCGGUCCUCCAGGCCUUGAUGGUUCUCCUCACCAAACAGCCACCAAACGGUCGCCGUCUCCUCAUCAUCGGCACCACUUCCCAGCGCUCCGUCUUGCGCCAACUCGACCUACAACAAAUCUUCAACCGUGAAUUAGCCGUUCCUAACAUCAACACACACGCCGAGCUCGCUUCCGUGCUUCGGGAAGUCAACGCCUUUGAUAGCGAUUCCGAUCUUAAAAGGUCUCUCAAAGAGCUGCGUGAUUAUGCUGGGACGGACCAAGUCGGUGUUGGAAUCAAGAAAGUACUGCUUGCCGUGGGCGAGGCGAAGCAGGAAGAAGGAAAUAUGGUCAAUCGAUUUGCCGAGGUGGUGGCUCAGCAGAUCAUCAGCAACAGAGAUUAG